AUUGCUCCAGCCAUGCAGCGCACCCUGGCCUUUACUGCCGUCCGCCACAUUGCACUUCGCAAAAAACUUUGGUCUCUGACGCUCCGGCAGACUGCAGCCAUGUCUACACUUCUUAUCAAUCAGCCGAAGUAUUCCUGGCUGAAAGAACUGGGUCUGAGCGAGGAAAACGACGGCGUUUAUAACGGAACAUGGGGAGGUAAAGGAGAGGUGGUCACAUCAUACUGUCCCGCCAACAAUGAGCCCAUCGCCAGAGUCAGACAGGCUACCCUGGCUGAAUAUGAAGAAACUGUACAGAAGGCACGGGAAGCCUGGAAAGUUUGGGCAGACAUCCCUGCUCCAAAAAGAGGCGAGAUUGUAAGACAGAUUGGAGACGCUCUGAGAAAAAAGAUCAAAGUUCUUGGCAGCUUGGUGUCUCUGGAGAUGGGAAAGAUCUACGUGGAGGGGGUCGGCGAGGUGCAGGAGUAUGUCGAUGUGUGUGACUACGCUGUCGGACUCUCCCGUAUGAUUGGUGGUCCAGUUCUGCCCUCUGAAAGGCCAGGCCAUGCCCUGAUUGAGCAGUGGAACCCCGUGGGUCUAGUGGGCAUCAUUACAGCCUUCAACUUCCCUGUAGCAGUGUACGGGUGGAACAAUGCUAUUGCUCUAAUCUGUGGCAACGUCUGCCUCUGGAAAGGAGCCCCGACCACACCUCUGACUAGUGUAGCAGUGACAAAAAUUGUUGCUGAGGUCUUGGAGCAGAACAACCUUCCUGGUGCUAUCUGUUCUAUGACGUGUGGUGGAGCUGACAUUGGCACGGCCCUUGCUAAAGAUGAGCGGGUCGACCUCGUGUCUUUCACAGGCAGCACUCACGUGGGCAAACAGGUAGCUCUGAUGGUGCAGGAGCGGUUUGGCCGACAGCUGCUUGAGCUGGGAGGGAACAAUGCCAUCAUUGUGUUCGAGGACGCUGACCUUAACCUGGUAGUGCCCUCAGCUCUCUUUGCCUCGGUGGGAACUGCAGGGCAGCGCUGUACCACUACCAGAAGACUGAUGCUGCAUGAAAGUGUUCAUGACAAGGUUGUGGAGAGGUUAACCAAAGCCUACAAGCAAAUCCGUAUUGGCGACCCCUGGGACCCUAGCACUCUGUAUGGUCCUCUGCACACCAAGCAAGCUGUGGACCAGUACCUAGGAGCCAUAGAGCAGGCCAAGAAGCAGGGCGGCACUCUGGUUUGUGGUGGAAAGGUCAUGGAUCGCCCUGGUAAUUACGUGGAACCUACUAUCUUCACUGGUCUGGCACACGAUGCCCCCAUCGUUCAAACGGAGACCUUUGUGCCUAUUCUGUAUGUGAUCAAAUUCAAGACAGAAGAAGAGGCAUUCACCUGGAAUAAUGAAGUCAAGCAGGGUCUCUCCAGCAGCAUCUUUACAAAAGACAUGGGCAGAGUGUUCCGCUGGCUAGGACCUAAAGGCUCAGACUGUGGUAUUGUGAAUGUCAACAUUCCAACCAGUGGUGCAGAGAUUGGAGGAGCCUUCGGAGGCGAAAAGCACACAGGAGGUGGACGCGAGUCAGGCAGUGACUCAUGGAAGCAGUAUAUGAGGAGGUCCACAUGCACCAUCAACUAUAGCAAGGACCUCCCACUGGCACAGGGAAUCAAGUUUGAGUGAACUGUAACCAAUACUGUUACUUGGAAAAAAGAAGUACACAAUUAAGCAUACAGUACAUUAAUUAACACAGGUUUGAUUCCAGAAUAUCACACUUAAAUGUGAAUUAGCAGUCAGUCUCUCUUUCUAAGUCAUUAGGUUUAAUAGUCAAGUUUAUUUGUUUAUAGCUUGAAUUUGUUAAUGACAUUUGAGGUAGUCUGGGAAAAAAACAGUUCUAGAAUGAUAGAAAAACUUUAGGGGUUUAAAAAGCACUUGUUGGUUUCUUAGUGUGGCUUUUAAUGUUCAUCCCUAUCAAAGUAACAUUGAGAUGCUUUGUACAAAUAAAUCAUGCCUUUAUUUUUGAAGGAAAAUCAA